UCGGAAAGUGCUGACUUUGAAGUUUCGUUUCGAGGGCUUCUUAAGCGGAGGUCGAGCAGCUUGGAUCUGGAUUCAAGAAUGGCUACGGUUUCUGAUAUCGCUUUUCCAGGACUACGUUUCAAUCCUCUGGCAGAACGACGCGGCUACCAGGUUCUAUCAAUCAACAAUCACUUGAGCGCGAGGGCGGGAUCCAGAAUUUCUACGAGAAGGCAACAGGAUUUGGUUGCUCUGAAGCUCUACUCAUCCUUCCCGGCGGAACAAAUCUCUCGCUUCUCUUCCGCAAGGCGCUCCAAUAUCAUCGCCAGAGCGAGUAACGAUCCAGAUGGCCCAGUUUCGAAGUCCUUUUUCUCCUUGAAUAUAUUGGAUGUGUUGGGUUUUCUGAUAAGAAUUCCGGCCCUCAUCCUGGGAUUUAUAAAAAAGGAGAAACAGAUUAUCGAUAAAGUGGAAGAUCAAAUAGACGACGCAGCAGAAACUGUGAGCGGCAUUGCAGAAGCAAUAGAGCAAGUGGCAGGAGUUGUGGAGAGAGUGGCCGAGUCGAUCGCAGAUGACGCAAGAGACACCCGUGAACUCAUGGACAAGGUGGAAGCCACAGCGGACUCUAUGCGUUCGGACAUCGGCACCGCCAUUGACAGCCUGCAAGGAGCUGCGGAUCCAACCAAGCCCAAGACAAAAGCCGGUGGAGAACCCGACGUCAAGGCCGCAGCCGACGCAACCUCUCGAGCUGCGGAGAAAGCACAGAAGCUCAAAGACGCGGCGACGGAGCUCGAGGAGAAGCACACAGAGAUUCUAACAGGGAGUACCACUAACGCGAUGAGCAAGUCCCACCACUUUCGAGCAAUAUCGCCUUCACGCGGCAGAAGCGCCGUCACGCUCGUGCUAUUGAGUGCCAUGCUUUCGAGUUUGAUAGUCUCAAACUGGCCGGCCAUCCUCAAGCACGUGUUUGACUUCCUGCUCCACCACAGCAUAACAAUGUGAAUAUUCUCUUCCAUUUUUUGAAAAUCAUUGUGACCAAAAUUACA